CAAUAAGGUACAAAGGAAUUUCGGCUCGAGCGACGUGGAGCACUCUACAAUGCCUUCAAACUUGCCCAACCUAAGGCGAUUGUUUGUUGAAGCACGAACAGAAGCAGAAGAAAGUGCAUAUUCUCGAAAUGCUUUCUACAAUCUGGUCCUAUUCAUGUCGUCCAUAGCAAUCUUCAGUUUGGCAGCUCAAAGGAUGAACAGCCAGCGAUGAGAUCGAACUCCAAGCGAGGGCAACUUCUCCUCGGUAGGAGGUAGCAGGAGACUCCAGUUAGAGAUGCUUGAGUGGCGAAGACUGAGCAUGCCCAGGGCGAAUGAUUAUGCUUUCAAUCGCACGCGAGCGUGAGGGCAUUUCAGCAAUUAUCGGCAGUAUCUCCAACAGCUUAGUCAAAUGACCCAGGUGUACGACAAGUCAUGCACAACGAGCUUCUUCUGGCCACCUAGCCGCUAUGAUCGAGCGCCAGCCAGCUCGACGACAUCUGGCGACUCACCAGUAGACAGCCAACUUCGGCGCCCGAAGCCAGCUCUUCGACAUACCGAGUUUCGCACCAAGCCAAGUCUUUCGGCAUACGCAAGAGCUGGACCACGGAAUACCAUUGACGAGCAAAACUGGCCUGCUGUGCUCUCGCAAGUCUCUGUCUACUGCACGACUGUCUACUGCACGAAAACAUUGACGAAUGCCGCCAUGGAAACUUUGAUGAACGUUGGAGCCACAAAGAAGUCGGAAUGA